AUGAGUUCACUUUGCUACUCCACUCCUGCUGAAGAAGAGGCUGUCACAGUUAAACAAGAAGUAGAGGAUGAGGCUGUUACUGUGAAAGAAGAAGAGAAAGAAGUUACUGUGACAGAGAAAGAAGCUUUCAGAGUGAAAGUGGAGGAGGAAGGAGUUUUCAGAGUGAAGAUGGUGGAGAAGAUUACUGGCACGUUGGAGGAGGAGGAAGAGGAGACGGGAGGUCUGAGUAACGCCAGAGAGAGACAUGACUACCGUGGAUCAUCCGGGGAGCCUCAAGAACAUCCUGAUUCUGAGGAAGCAGAGAAGAGCCUCUCCACAUCAGAACACCUCAUUAAACACCGGCGGACACCUACAGGGAAGAAACCGCUCCGCUGCUCUGACUGUGGGAAGAGUUAUUCAAGAUCAGAUUCACUAAAAUUACACCUGAGAAUUCACACAGGUGAGAAGCUUUUCAACUGUGAUCAAUGUGGGAAGAGUUACUCAAGAUCAGAUUCACAAAAAUUACACCUGAGAAUUCACACAGGUGAGAAGCUUUUCAACUGUGAUCAAUGUGGGAAGAGAUGCACCUCUUCGUCAGAACUUAAAAUACACCAGAGAAUCCACACAGGAGAGAAACCUUAUCGCUGCUCACAGUGUGGCAUGACUUUCUCCAGAUCACAUUCAUUGAAAUCACACCUGAGAAUUCAUACAGGAGAGAAAACUUAUGGCUGUUAUCAAUGUGGGAAGAGUUUUGCUCAGUCAAAUAACCUGAUAUCACACCAGAGAACUCACACAGGAGAGCAGCCUUAUAGCUGUUAUCAAUGUGGGAAGAGUUUUGCUCAGUCAACCAACCUUAAAUCCCACCAGAGAACUCACACUGGAGAGCAGCCUUAUAGCUGUGAUCAAUGUGAGAAGAGAUACUCUGAUUUAAGAGAUCUGAUUAAACAUCAGAAAAUGCACACAGUAGAUCCACAGAGAAUGGUAUGUCCAACACCAGACCUGGGUAGUAGAACACAGAGAAUGGUAUGUCCAACACCAGGUGGCAGUAUGGUGGCACAUCACCGACCAUGA